GUUAGUGAAUGGGUGUGGGGUCCAGAGGGGAGUUACAAUAAUGAAUUAAAAAAAUGGAAGAAAAAAUGUUCCAUAUAUUUCCAUGGCAAGAUUCCAAGAGCCUCUGCAAAAUUUUUGGAAGAGAAAAAAUAGAGCUAGGGUUGUCAAGCUUAUUAAGCCAAAACUAAAAGAGCCUAAGAGUGGUGGGAGAGACUCAACUUAGCUAUGUCUUCUCGCCUUUUACUCCGAGUCGCCAAACUCUCGCCAGUCCUUACGCACAGGAGGAAGAGCUUUCGUUUGUUUUCAUCCUCCGUAGCCACUAGUACUACUCCGUACAUAUCGCUGGGCGAUACUCUUCAGAAAGAUUCUUUGGUCGAUGACGGUAGCGAAAUAAGAGAUGUUGUCUUCUUCGAUCCGGCCAAGGAAGAGAUGAUUACUGUCCCUGACAAAGCCUUUCCCCAAGAGCUCGUCCACUCGAGUCAGAUCGGGAGCUCUCAGGGAUGGGGGAUUUUCUCUAACGAUCGUGGUCGUUCUGUAUGUCUGAGCAACGUUUACCAUCCCUUGUCUCCCAAAUCAAACCCCGAGAUAAUCCCUCUGCCUUCUCUUAUUGCUUUGCCAUCUGACCAAACCGACGUCGUCUGGAACGUGGCAAUGUCUUCUUCUCCUUCUGAUGAAGACUGUGUGGUUGCUAUCAAGUUCUUGGGCAAUCAGCUCAGUCUCUGUCGACCCCACCGUGACUUGCGUUGGACCAACAUCCAAGUACUCCCUGUUGAGAUUUUGGCUAAGUUAGAUACAUCUAAUCUCAUGUUUUCCAAGAGAGACCAACGACUCUACUUGCCUGCUCCUGGAGGCAACGAGUUGUACUCUUGGGAUCUCCACUUGGACCAGAAGAACAAAAAUCCUAAGUUACAUCAGGUUCCGUUCCGCGACCUUCCCCAUUUAGCUGAGUCCUAGUGGGGGGUGCUUGAUAUGGUGUGUACCAGGACGGAACACCUGGUCGAGUCUGUCUCCACUGGCGAGCGUUUUCUUGUCAAAUGUUACGCACAGGGUUACCCUUGGUCUGAAAAAUUCAAGUACAUGAUAAGGCGGUUCAUGGUGUUCAGAGAGGAGGAGACAACACAUGGAAGAUACAGGUGCUACACAGAGGACAUUGGAGAUGUGUGCAUCUUCCUUUCAAUGAGCGAGGCUUUCUGCGUCCAGGCUAGCUCCUGCCCCGGUCUCAAGCCUAACUCCAUCUAUUUCGUAGGCAAAGGAUUUGGUAUUUACAGUCUCGCUGACAACAAGACAAUCCAUUCUUUUAAAGCUCCUUCUUCCUCUGGACUUUACUGGCUUCCUCCAUCUUGCAUCUAGUGCCCCUUACCUACUACCCAUUUGGUCUCUUCUCCUCUGAAUGCUGUCUCUUGACGUUGUUAGAUCUUCUGAUCAAAUCUUAAUCCAUAUCACUUUGCUUUUAAUCUUGAAGACUAGACAGUGUCUGAAGGAUAAUGUAAUAGUAUGGGAUAUUCUUUAAAUUGCGAAUGAAUCGUUUUGGUUAGUGAA